UUAACGUCGUGCUCUGCGGUGGACUGCCAAUCAAGCGCAUCAGCUGAGCUGAGGGGGGGGGAAAAAAACAAGGAGAGCGUUUGUGAUUGGUCGCAGAUGGAUGACGAACUGAUCGUGAAAGAAGCGCAUUGGUCAAGCCGGGAGAGGAUUCGGCCAAUAGCAAAGGGACGAGGCGGAGAUUUGAGCUGAGCGCGCACCGUUCGGAGUCGUCUGGACUCUCAAUCAUCUGAAAGACAUGGAGGAAAGUCAGAGCUGAGAGAUCCUGCAGGGGUGAUGCUGGGAGAGCAAGGGCAAGUCUUCCUAUAGCCUGAAAGCCGGGUCUCUGGGAGUUGUACUGGGCAGCCCUCGUACACUGCAGCGCCCCCUGCUGGUCACCUGGAGUCUCCGCUUGUAGCAGACAUGUCACUUGCAAAGGUGAAAGUGGAAAAAACAGACCUGGAGGCAGGGAGCGCUCGCAGCCGAUUGGAUGCAGUACUGCAGGGUCUCCUGGAUAAAAAUGUCGUGGACAGGGAUCAGAUGGAAGAUGAGAGCGGAAAAGCUUCUACCGAUCUGCACUGCAAGGAUUCAUCCCCUUCUGCUGCUGGAAAAAGGCCCUCGGCACGACUUUCUCACCAUCGCCGCAAGAAGAGAAAGGAGGAAGAUGGAAUCACAGAGAGCAGCCAGCCCAAAGCAAACACUUUCAUCAUCCGCCUGUUUGAUAGGAGCGUGGACCUGGCACAGUUCUCAGAAGAAACCCCUCUGUAUCCCGUGUGCAGAGCAUGGCUCCGAAAUGCUCCGACAGCAAGACCCCCUGAGCAGCCCCAGACUCCACCACCAACAGAUGAAUUGUUGGGUGAUGGAGUGAACGGGAACAUUCAGAAUAUUUACCAUUUGCCCCCGCCAUUACCGGGCCCCGUGAGAGAGUCGGGAGAGCCAAUGAACCUGAGGAUUCCUUCUCCACUGCCCCAUCAGGAAGAGCCGUUGAAUCUGAACACACCACCUGAAUUGGCCCCCAGCAUAUCCAGCCUCAUUUAUGAGAAUAUGAAUCGAUGGAAGAAGAUCCGGCAAAGGUGGAAAGACGCCUCUCACCGUAACCAGCAGCGCUUUGCCCAGAGCAUGAAAAUCCUGAAGGAGAUGUACGAGCGCCAGUAAUGGAGCCUGACGUGUCUGUUUGGGGAAUUGUACCCCACAUUCUCUGUACAGAUGGAGCAAAUGGUUUUAAGCAGAUUGGGGUGUUGCCAUAAACCCUCCUUACGUUGA